AUGCUCUCAGCCCUUUUUGUUGUUGGCCUCGCUCCGCGGGCGCCGCUCGCCCCGGCUAUUUUGUCGCGGGUGUCGCGGCCGGUCGUCAUGGAGAGCCUCGCAUCAAAGAUGCUUGGCACACUUGUGGACGGAGUCAAGGGUGUGGCCGCGGCGGCCGGGAUGGACACAGAGGAGGCGCCGGCAGAGGCGGCUGGCGGCGCCAAGCGGCCUUCGGACAUCGAAGGGGUCGUAGCCGACAUCGAUGCGCGCGCCAAGACCGGCGAGCUCACCUUCGAUGACUUUGUGAUCAUGGCGCGCGGCUUCGCUGGGAUUGGCGAGUCGGGAGGCGCGCUCCCGGGAAAGCUCUCGACGGACCAGAUGCUGGAGACGCGGGCCAAGUUCGAACGGCACGCAAGCAUCGUCGAUGUGAUGCUGCCCGAGGAGAAGAGCGAUCCGGCUCUCCUGAUCGAUGACCUCAAGGCGGGCGCCGCCAAGCCAGGCCCGCGCAUCCAGCGGCUUGCCACGGCUUCUGGUCAACCCGAGACGGAGGUGGCGCUGUUUCUGAUGCAGUUCGAGGCGAUGCGUGAGUCUACUCGCCGCAUCGCGGCGGGCGAGGACCCGGACGCCGUCACUGAAUCCAUGUCAGCGACGCCGGGCGGCUCGAACCGCAAGGCGAGGCGGGCGGCCAAGGCAAAGGCAAAGAAGAAGAAGAUGUGA